CUUAUUUGUACUUAUGAUCCAGUACCUGUAAAUAAAAUGUGAGCCCAUAUCCAGAAUAACCUUACGUCAAAAAAAUCUUAUUAAAGUCACCAUUUUUUAGGUGUAUGUAAAAAAAAUGUGGUGGAAAAAACAAGAAAGUCCCAGAAACUCCCGCCCCUUUUAAUUGUAACAGUUCUCGACAAUCCCAAACUCUUCUCUUCCUUUCCAACUCCACAUCUUCUUCCUUUCUCUCGAUCCUUCACUAUAUAUAUAUAUAUUGCCCACCUCAUAACUCAUUCAAUCAACGCAGAAAACACACACAAUCAAACAACAAGAUCUUCAAUAACCCUCUCUUUACUUACAACAAAAACUACACAAAUCAUCAUGUCAGCCGGCGCGAAAGCUGAAGGUAAAGCUAUCGGUAUCGACCUCGGUACAACCUACAGUUGUGUGGGUGUAUGGCAAAAUGAUCGAGUUGAGAUCAUUCCCAAUGAUCAAGGCAACCGUACCACCCCCUCGUAUGUCGCCUUUACCGACACUGAGCGGCUUAUUGGUGACGCUGCUAAGAAUCAGGUUGCCAUGAACCCUCAGAAUACUGUCUUUGACGCUAAGCGUCUUAUUGGUCGACGUUUCUCUGAUGCUACUGUUCAGGCCGACAUGAAGCACUGGCCUUUUAAGGUUGUUCCUGGACCGGCAGACAAGCCUAUGAUUGUUGUCAACUAUAAGGGGGAAGAAAAACAGUUUGCCCCUGAAGAGAUUUCUUCUAUGGUUCUGACAAAGAUGAAGGAAGUUGCUGAAGCUUAUUUGGGACAGACUGUUAAAAACUCUGUUAUUACUGUCCCUGCGUAUUUUAAUGAUUCUCAGAGGCAGGCUACAAAGGAUGCCGGGUCGAUUUCCGGGAUGAAUGUCAUGAGGAUCAUUAACGAGCCUACUGCGGCUGCCAUUGCUUAUGGUUUGGAUAAGAGGGCGUCGAGGACAGGGGAGAAGAACGUCCUCAUUUUUGACCUUGGUGGCGGGACCUUUGAUGUGUCCCUUCUUACAAUUGAGGAAGGGAUCUUUGAAGUGAAGGCCACUGCAGGUGAUACUCAUCUCGGAGGUGAAGAUUUUGAUAAUAGAUUGGUGAAUCAUUUUGUUGCUGAUUUUAAGAGGAAGCAUAAGAAGGAUAUUUCUGGAAAUGCUCGGGCGUUGAGGAGGUUGAGGACUGCCUGUGAGAGAGCAAAGAGGACUCUCUCGUCGACUACUCAGACGACGAUUGAGAUUGAUUCCUUGUAUGAAGGGAUUGAUUUCUAUUCUACCAUCACAAGGGCGAGGUUUGAGGAGCUGUGUAUGGAUAUGUUCAGGAAGUGUAUGGAUCCUGUGGAGAAGUGUUUAAGGGAUGCAAAGAUUGACAAGGCUAAAGUGGAUGAUGUUGUUUUGGUAGGAGGGUCCACCAGGAUUCCUAAGGUACAGCAACUUCUGCAAGACUUCUUUAACGGGAAAGAGCUCUGUAAGAGCAUUAACCCGGAUGAGGCAGUUGCGUAUGGAGCUGCUGUGCAGGCUGCUAUUCUGUCAGGUGAAGGUGAUCAGAAGGUUCAGGAACUGCUCUUGCUUGAUGUUACCCCGUUGUCUCUAGGAAUUGAGACAGCAGGAGGUGUGAUGACUGUGCUCAUUCCAAGGAAUACUACAAUUCCAACGAAGAAGGAGCAGAUUUUCUCUACUUAUUCUGAUAAUCAGCCAAGUGUGCUGAUCAAGGUGUACGAAGGAGAGCGUCCUAUGACCAAGGACAACAACUUGUUGGGUACCUUUGAGCUUAAAGGAAUCCCUCCGGCCCCUAGGGGAGUCCCACAGAUUAAUGUUUGCUUCGACAUUGAUGCAAAUGGUAUCCUGAAUGUUUCUGCAGAGGAUAAGACUGCAGGGGUGAAAAACAAGAUUACCAUCACUAAUGAUAAGGGGAGGUUGAGCAAGGAAGAGAUUGAACGAAUGGUGAAGGAAGCAGAGCAGUACAAGGCCGAAGAUGAGGCUGUGAAGAAAAAGGUGGAUGCUAAGAACUCCCUCGAGAACUAUGCAUACAACAUGAGGAACACUAUUAAGGAUGAUAAAAUUGGAGGGAAGUUGGAUGCUUCGGAUAAGCAGAGGAUUGAGAAGGCUGUUGAUGAGGCAAUUGAGUGGUUGGAUAAGAAUCAGUUGGCUGAAGUAGAGGAGUUUGAGGAUAAACAGAAGGAGUUAGAGGAUUUGUGUAAUCCUAUUAUCGCAAAAAUGUAUGGUGGUGGUGCUGCUGGUGCAGGGAUGGAUAUGGGUAGUGACAUGCCAGGUGGUGGUGCUUCAGGUGGUAUGGGUGGAGGUAGUGGUGGUGCUGGGCCUAAGAUUGAGGAGGUCGAUUAAGAGAGUUAUGUUUUAUGAGCAUGAUUUAGGAUUUCCUCUGUUAUUAUCGAAUUGUUCUUGACUUGUGAUUUUGUAUUUUGGGGUUUUUCUAGGGGGGAAAGGGGGCCAGGUAUAUUGAGGAAUAAAGCUUAGCUUAUGUUUUAGCAUUGUAACUUUGAUGGUUGUAAUUAAUAUUAUCAUAUGACAUAAAAUAUAUUUUGUUAUAA